CCGUAAACACUCUUUUAGCCGAUACAAGUAAGAGUUUUGCAGAGUAGCGAGCGUCGAUGAAGGUCGUCCAACGGUCAACCUUUUUCGCUGUGACUACAAAAUCAAAUCUGCAUCACUUUCACUCGUCUUCUCAGAGAGUACCCAUUUCUUCUGAGCACGAGUCACGAGAGUUUGUGUCCAGAUUACUCGAUAGAAAAUGGGGAUUACAGAGUCCUGCAUCUCCAAUUCAGGAGAUAAGUGUUUCUUCUGACAAAGGAAUUGAAAAAUUCUCUUUUUCCAACAACACUCGUCCACAUCUCGGUGAUGAGAUGUUAAAGAGAAAUCAAGAUUCGUCUUUUUACAUUCUUAGAGAUGAUCUUUUACAUCCUCUUGUGAAUGGUAACAAAGCUAGAAAGCUUGAUGCUUUGUUACCACUUCUUGAAGAUUAUAAAUUCACUGAUGUGGUUACAUGUGGAGGUUGUCAAAGUGCACAUACAGCUGCAGUUGCUGUUUCUUGUGCCGAGAGAGGUCUAAGAUCACAUUUGCUACUACGUGGAGAACAGCCUGAGGUUUUGACUGGUUAUAAUCUUGUUUCAACUAUGUAUGGAAAUGUUCAGUAUGUUCCAAGAUCGAGGUAUGCCAAUAGAGAG